CAAUUUCUAUUUCACUCACAGCCACAAAAACUUUAAUCUUCAACAGCAAUGGAACUCUCAAAGCUUUUCAUCACCCUUUUCUUCCUUCAAUCAAUCUUCAUCUCCCACAUAUUGAUCCAAGCGUCCCCUUCUAAUUCGGACGUCUUCCGAGAAUACAUAGGUGCUGAGUUCAACAAUGUUAAGUUCUCUGAUGUCCCCAUCAACCCGAAUGUCCAAUUCCACUUCAUUCUCUCAUUCGCCAUAGACUACGACACCUCAGGUUCUUCCCCUACAAAUGGCAAAUUUAACAUUUUCUGGGACACUCAAAAUCUCAGCCCUUCCCAAGUUUCGUCCAUAAAAACUGAGCAUUCGAAUGUUAAAGUAGCGGUGAGUCUAGGAGGGGAUAGUGUUGGAAGUGGCCAUGCUUACUUCAAUCCGUCCUCUGUGGAUUCUUGGGUUUCCAAUGCAGUUUCUUCACUCACAAAGAUUAUCAAAGACUACAAUCUAGAUGGUAUUGACAUCGAUUACGAGCAUUUCAAUGGUGAUCCUAAUACAUUCGCUGAGUGCAUAGGACGACUCAUAAAAACGCUCAAGGCAAAUGGGGUUAUAUCAUUUGCCUCUAUAGCUCCAUUUGAUGAUGAUCAAGUUCAAAGCCAUUACUUGGCAUUGUGGAAGAGUUAUGGUCAUCUAAUAGACUAUGUGAAUUUCCAAUUCUAUGCAUAUGAUAAAGACACGUCAGUGUCACAGUUCUUGGAUUACUUCAACACACAAACCUCAAAUUAUAAUGGAGGAGAGGUUUUGGCAAGCUUUAUCAGCGGUGGAACUGGUGGAUUAUCCCCUGAAAAUGGUUUUUUCAAAGCCUGCAAUAGGCUUAAGAGUCAGAACAAACUUCAUGGUAUCUUUGUUUGGUCUGCAGAUGAUUCGAAAGCAAACGGUUUUCGCUAUGAAAAGCAAUCUCAAGCACUUCUGGCUACUCCCCACUAGCCAGAGACAGACCUUUAUAUUUGAUUCCAUGGUAUUUUACUGCAUGAUGCUGUGUAUCUUCUAGUAUGCAAAACAUUUCUGGUUACAUUUGUAUGUCUAUGUAAAAUGAUACAUAUCGUGUUAAUUAAUACACUUUAAUUUA